AUGAGCGAGAAAGACAAGUACAAGCUGAUCCUUGGUUCUUAUUCAGGUAGAACUGUAAGUCUUGUGAUUUUUAGAUUAAGAAGGGAGGAGUUGACUGAUAAUCAGUGCGUUAGUGAGCUCUAGGGCUUACACGUAAAGAGGAAAGUGAUUGAGCAUGAAGAAAAUAUACAGAAAAAAAAUUUUAAUGAUGACGUCAUCUAUACAUCUGUCCUCCAAUAGAUCAUAUGUGAGAACCAAUCAGAAUGCGUGCAUGACUGAACUUAUUAUAUAAACCGUUAUAUUUGUUUUCAUUAUCGUCUUUAUACUUUGAUUUUACAGAUUCGUUUAAAUAUAACCUUUUGAAACGGUUUCUUAACGUUAAGUUUCUUAUGGAGCUUAUCUUAUUAACCAUCGUAAUUACUAUCGUAUUUAUCUGAUGUUUCUUGAAAUGCAUUGAUUAAGCAGAUGAACUUUUAAGUUUCAGUCACCGUACGGCUACUUGGAGGUGGGCAAUAUUUCCACAUUGAAUCUCUUCAUGUUUUGCGCAAAUAUUAGUGACAUGAGUAAUUUUCUUUGUCAGGAACUACUCCUGAUUCUCUCUCUUACCAUCGUGAUCGUCCAUGGAGCACGCAAGAUCAAGAUAAUGAUGAGAAUAUACGGGAUAAUUGUGCAAUUUUGUACAAAGGAGCCUGGUGGUACAACAAUUGCCAUCACGCGAAUCUCAAUGGUUUAUAUUUUCGUGGAAAUCACCCCUCUUACGCUGAUGGAGUGAACUGGGCUGCGUGGAAGGGAAAUUACUACUCGCUGAAGAGGACAGAGAUGAAAAUAAGACCAGUAGAUUUCUGACUUCAAUUCAUGACUAACUAUUCCCAUAGUCUUUGGCCAACAGCAUAACUUUAACACAGUUGAAGUUUAAAAGAAUUGAUUGAUUCGAACAAAUCUGUUUAAUAGUCUCAAAUGUGUGGCUUAUUUUCCGUGUAAAUCAUGUAGUUCAAACCAACUAUUGUAAAUUUUGGUAGUUUUAAUUGCUUCCUUGCGUUUUUUAUUGUUUUCGUCUGAGUUUCGAUGUUUGCGUUUUGCCUUUGGUGCUGGAUGGCGGUUUCUAUUACGUUUUCAGUUCAGGAAAAAUUGAUUCCGUAGAGUGGUUCAUUUACCUGAUACGGGCGAUUCGAUUGCCUUUGACAUGUUUCUGAACUUUUAUGAACGCUGUGUAGUAUUAACUCGUGUUUGUAUUGCUAUAUGGUAGAUGAAAAAAAGUCGCUGAUGUAACGAUUUUACAUUCUCGUUUAAAGUUAACAAAAAGUUAGCGGACGCGCACUAACUUUUUAUUUACUACUUUAACGAAACACAAAACAAAACGGGGUAUUUUAAAGUAUUUCAAGAAUUCAGCCAGAAAAGUAGAUAUUUCAAGUUUCAUAUUCUUUUGAUUUAUUGCUUGCAUUUAUCUCCUUGCUUCUUUUUCAAGUUAUUAAACAUUCAACUCACAAUCUCUUUUCUGAUUAACCAAGAGCAUACAGUAAAUUUUCAGCAUCAGCCGUCGGCUUCGGCUGAUAACGCCUGCCUAUACCUCGAUUAUUCUGGAUGUCAAAAUACUUCAUCCAAUGAUUGUUGAGAAACAGCUCGCAAUGUUAAUGAUCGAGAUAUCCCGCUAUAAUUAUAAAAAACACAUCUUCAUGCUCAAGGUCAUUGUUUGUGUCGAGGCUAAUCUGUUCAUAAUACUUCAUAAUGACUUUGAAAAAUACCAAAUGUAACUAGUAAGAGUAGACGAGAAUACAAUGGAAUAACAGUAGAACACGAGUUAAGGAGUAAAUAUCAUCUGCUAUAUGUUGAGAUAUUUCUCUUAAUUAGGUGGAAAAGUCACAAAACUAAUGGAAUCUCCUGAAGCCUAUUGAUGUGAAUCGUAGAAAGGAGAACAAAUCAGUUGACAAGUAUAUAGAGUGAUAACCAGAAACUUUAUCAUUACAACUCUUGCAAAUUAAACAACACCUUUUCCGAAUAGUCGUAACAAGCUAGCUUUUCAAGUUCAUCGCAAGUCGAAUGUCGAUUAAUCACAUCCUGCUUUCUUACUUGGUGGCAUUACGCGGAGAGAAAGAUUUCAUGAGUUUAUGUAAUAUUUAGUUUCUACAGGUCCAUUUUUUGCACGAGGGUCAAGGUAUUCACAAGAGCUACGUCGAUUGAAGAUGAAAAUAAUAUCAUCAAUAACGCUCUGUUUGGAGGCGUUCGGAAUGAUAGCCUUAGAAACCCUUACGGGGACCAAUUUGCAUUUUCAACACAGUUGAUAGAACAAGUUAUCUUGUCCUUAAUAAAAGUCUGUUUUGACAAGAGUACAAGACCGCAAAUUGGGUUUUCGCACACGAUGAAAAGCAUCGUACAGCGCUUACUUGUAACAGUGUAUCACAUACUCUGUAACACCGUAUAUUUUAUCAUCACUCGGGCCUGUAUGGCUUCCUGGAUGAAAAAAGUAACCUCAAAGUCGACAUGUUUCCCUUGCAUUUUAUCGCCAUUUUCCCCAAGUUUGUGAGCACUUUCUGUUAAGAUCACUUUUGUUAAGAUCACUUUUGUAAGCGGACAGAUAUUGAGUCAAAAUGUUGAAUUUGUGAUGACGUCGUUAAUAAUUUCGGCAUGUGCUAAAACCUGAAACAGCAAAACGAAACUACCAAAACGUAAUGACCGUUAAGAAUAAAACAAAACCACUACAGUGAUCCAGACGAGUGGACGAUGAAAAGUCGAGCAAAAUGUAGACUUCACUUCAGAUAUUCUCUCGUAUUUAAGGAUUUUACAUAUCAAGGGCGUCUCACGAAACUUAAUUUUUUUCCACCAAGCGAGCAGCUGAAACUACAAUUUGACACUAACAUGUAAUCUCCAGUUCGGAACGUCAGCCUCAUUGAAUACCGAAGCGUAUACGUAAAGGAGAGGAAAAAAGAGAUUACGGUAUUCAUUUACAACGUCUAUGUCCGUGAUUAUUUUAUUGAAUGUUUUGUUUAAUUAAGGUUCCCUCGAAGCCUAAUGCUAAGCCGAUGGCAAUCAAGAGAUAACUGAAUUUCUCCGUGAGGUAGAUCAGGAGUAGACCAUAAGGGCAUUCAUUUUAUUACUACUGACUGUUAUUUUCUGUAAACUUUUUUGGUCGUUAGGCUCGUUUCAUUUCGAUCGUUUUGUUUUGGUCAUUUCAACGUCCUAUUUUUGAAAAUGUAACAAUUCACGGCAAUUUCAUGUGAUCAGCCUAUUAAUUAGAAUUCUCAGACAUAUCACAGGUGCAUCGAUUUAUCCACGGUGUAGGCGGAGCCAAGAAACUGCUUUCCUAGGAAAACCAAGGUUUCUGGCUUCAACAUUCAGCGUAAACAAAAUUACCUCUUACAACACUGCAAAAAGCCGCUCAAACUCUUUAGGGAUACAAAUUAUUGUACAGUACUGUUGCUUCUGUCUAACUUAUCGGGGAAUUUUUAAUUUGUCGAGAGCAUUUUUUUGCAAGAUACUUUCUAAAUUGGAAAAAAUAUAACCGCAUAUAUAACACCGCAGUUAACACCGGAGGAAAAUGCGACAUGUUGUAUAGUUUUAAAAUUUAUAUUUUCAUAAAUUUUUAUUUGAAAGACAUAAAACUGGUCAUAACACCUUAGUUACCUCCAGGGAAAAUAGGAAAACAUUGUGUAGUUCUAAAACUUCUUACAUGUCCCGCUGAGAGUGUUUUGACCAAAUAAUUUGCAGCUUUGUUUAAGAGUUAGACUUGCCAUAUAAGUUUUUGAAAACAUUCUCUGUUUUUCAUUAAAGUAUUUCAUUGACUGUCAUAUCCAGUGGUACUGAGAUGUGAGACCAGUCAUUUAGAUUUAAACACAAAAGCUAUGAGCUGAUGACUAAGAACAAUCAGUACAGCUGGACAGGAAGAAUGACUGUGGCGUAUAGAACAGCGGUUUUGCGUUGUAACCAUAGUUACAAAAGCUCAAACAGUUCUAUAAAUUAAAGGAAAGCACGACACCAUAAAGUUUUCACUUUUGAUAAUCUCAGGAACAAAACCAACUGCGAAAAACACUUUUUCGCUCAGAAGGUAAGAAAUGUCUCUGUGAGCUACUUAUCUAUAUAUCUUGGACCGAGCCUUUCUUGCUCAGACCAAUUGCGUUGAUAGCAGAAAUGAUCGAGAAAACUUUUGUGUAAAAUUCUGUCAAUUCAGCCACACGAUGUUUCACAUUCUGUCAAAGUUGUUUCAAACUGUUGUUUUUUUUUUAUAGGUUGAAGCUCUCAAAUACCAUCCGAAAGUCAGAAUUCUUGCGACCAGUCUAACUAAGAUGAAAUCGGGUGAUGUUUAAUGCUUACUACCAUGCUCGACUACCAUUAGCAAAACGAGCCAUAAGAAACUUAGGCCUCUGUACCUUAAGGUUGCUACAAAGUUAAUUUUCAUUUUAAUAAUGUGCAAUGCUGUUCUAUCGUAUUGGAGAAUGUUUUGAGAUGAAAAAGGAUAAAUUGUUAAAGUUUGUAUUUUAGAAGUGAUCUGACAUCUUUGUCGGUAGCAAAUUAACACACCUUCGAAAAUGAAUAUUUAAUAGGAAGAAAUUCAAACUAAGUUUUUUUGUGUGCAAGGGAUGAAACAAGCCUGUUAGCAUAGAAAAGUGUUUUAGAACAAUUACAUGACUGAACGAAGUAUUUGCCUUUGAUCUAGAUGUUGGGCUAGUUAAGAGUUCCUUUAAGUAGACAAAGCUGGCAAAUAAAUGCCGAACACCUGUCUUACAUUUGUCUACAUUCAAAUUUAUAGGAAAACAAGAUGAUUUAUAUUUUGGGACGCUCGCUAUCAUAUAUUUACCUUGAAUUUACAAUUAUUUAUUUAUAGCGAUGCAGUUCAAGUUUUCUAUUCAACCGAUCAUUAAUAUUCUCUAUAUCUUCCAUGGAAUUAUUCUCCCACCAUGUUUCUGUUGCACAGGUGAGUAUAAAUCCCUUUUUAAAUUUCUUGCGUUUUAUCUUUCUGGUGUCGUUUCCUCAAAACCAUUACACAAACUAUAUAUGCUAUCUGCUUAUCAGAGCAAAUAAUCUUUAGGCAGACAAUCUUAACUUUAUCUAACUAUUAUAUCUACUAUUAUGGAAUAGACGAUACAAAAAAAGCUAAAUUUCAAAAAGACCCCAUUACAUGCGCAUCAGUGGUUCAAAAUGAUGAAUUUAAGCAAACGAUUCACAGAUAUAGUGGUGUGGUAAUGAACGCUGUGAAAAUACUCUUGAUAUUUUCCUUAAUAUUUUCUUUCCGCGCGUUAAUUCACAAUCAAUCACCUUUAGGGACCUCGAGUGAGUGGAAACUAAACGAUAUAUUUGUUUUGCCUACCGCAGACGAUGAUUGUCGAAACAUCAUAUUCAAGCACCCAAUACCAAACAUGACCAUGAAAAAUCACGCCAUCAUAAGUGUAGAGGUGCCCAACGAAGGAAGUUGCAAAGUAAUGUGUUAUUUGGAGCCUAAUUGCGUGUCCAUCAAUAUUGGACCUGUUGCAGGAGGAAACCAAAAAUGCGAGUUGAAUAACGCCACAGAGGAAAACCAUGCUCCAUUUCUUCUCGUGAAAAGUCCGGGUUACACAUAUCUUGCAGUCGAGGUAACAUUUCACAUUCUUACGAAACUCUGGUGCCAGAAGAGAUUGUUUCGUUUUCUCAGGCUAAAGACAUAACAUAAGGAAGACCUGCACUAUAGCUUACUUUGUUUUGUCAACAGAAUCCAUGCAGCAGCAGCCCAUGCUUAAACAAUGGCACCUGUCAAGCUGGAUUCACCAAUAAAGGAUUUCGUUGUGUCUGUCAGGAAAAAUUCACUGGAGAAACCUGUCAAGUUGAAGGUAAAAUGGCUGGAUUCUGUAGACCAGUCUCUCGUGUAGUACGCGAAGAGUUACUCACUAAAGUUUCAAAAUUGACUUCAAGAACAAAAUAUUAACCACUGAAUGAAAGCUAAAAAGAAAAAGCCACGUACGGUCACUUUAAAUGAAUAUGGCUGGUAGAUAUUAAGGAAGAAGAAAUAGUAUUUAUUAAUGUUCAGAAUCAAGUUUUAUCAGCCAGAGCAAUAGUCAGGAAAGCAAACAAAAAGCACUCAAUAUGCAAAUAAUUUAAAGUAGGCAUGUUGUUUUGUUGUUUUUUUUUUAACCUUAUUUUCAGUCAAAAGAAACUGCGCAGAAAUCUACAAAUCCGCGGGUAAACCAGCUGACGGUGUCUACGCCAUUAAACCUGAUAAUUUGCCUGCCUUUGAUGUAUUCUGUGACCAAACAACGGAGGGUGGAGGAUGGACUGUGUUCCAGAAGAGACUGGACGGCUCGGUUGAUUUCUACCGCUACUGGAACGACUACAAACGUGGCUUUGGUGAACUAUGUGGUGAAUUUUGGCUCGGACUGGACAAGAUUCACCGCUUGACCUCAGAUGAUAAAAACGUGCUGCGUGUAGACUUGGAAGACUUUGAAGGGAACACAACUUAUGCUGAGUAUAACUUGUUUAGUGUUAUGAGUGAGAAAGACAAGUACAGGCUUAUCGUUGGUUUUUAUUCAGGUAGAACUGUCAUUUCGUCUCUUCUAUUCUAGUCAUUAUAGGAAGGCGGAGGGGAGGAGAGGGGAGGGGAGGGAGGGGAGGGGAGGAGAGUGCUAACUAAAGUAGAUAUGCUCAAACUAUUUAAUAUCAUUCAAUAGCUUUGGAAGACAAAAAAGUAACCUCAGCUCAUCGAUAUGCAUAUCCUGGACAGCACAUACUGGACGUUGGUUAGUCCAAAGGUAUUCGCCGGUGGAUCAUGCGCAGUUAAACUGACGAACUAAUCCAACUCUGAUGAGUGUCUCGGCAAACAUAUUUAUUGGCAUUAUCAUAUUGAGUAAUUAAAUCCCUAGAAUCUUUUACAUGAAUCAUUGCUAAGAAUGCCUUUCAUCCAUAUUAUUAUUGUUAAAUUAUACUUAUCUGACAUUUCAAGAUUUGUUCUGCCAUACGAACGGCUCAUUGUUGGUCAAACGUAAUACUCAUACUGCUGCUCAUUUUGUCAGGAAAUUCUGGUGACUCUAUUGCUUUCCAUCGCGGCAUGCCAUUCACCACUAGAGAUCAAGAUAGUGAUAAUCAUGGGGAUCUUAACUGCGCCAUUAAGUUCAAAGGAGCUAAGAGGUGUCACCGCUCAAAUCUCAAUGGCUUGUAUCUUCGUGGAAAUCAUUCCUCCCAUGCUGAUGGAGUGAACUGGUUUCACUGGAAAGGAUAUAAUUACUCUCUAAAGAGAACCGAGAUGAAAAUAAGACCAGUGGAUUUCUGA